AUGUCGGUAUGGAGCACCAGAAGAAAGUCAUGGAAAGCUUUAACUCCACCACAGAAGAGACCGUACGUGGAGGAAGCGGAGCGGCUGAGGGUGCAGCACAUGCAGGACUACCCCAAUUAUAAAUACCGUCCUCGUAGGAAGAAGCAGCUGAAGCGCAUCUGUAAACGCGUGGACCCUGGCUUCCUCCUGACCACCCUCGGCCCCGACCAAAACUCCCUCCCGGACCGCCGAGGCUGCUGUCACCCCCUUGAUAAAGACGACGAGAGCGGUGUGAGUGGCAGUGGUGGCUUCGGUUCUCCCAGCACAGCUCUACCCGGUGUCAGGGUCUUCAGAGAUCCCGCCAGUUCCAACAGCAGCUUCGAUAUGUACCCGUACGGCUUGCCAACGCCACCUGAGAUGUCGCCUCUGGACGCCGUGGAUCACGAACACCAGACCUACUACUCGUCCUCCAGCUCAGUCUCCACCAGCUCCUGCUCAUCCUCCACCUCUUGCCCAGACGACAGGCGUCCCACCCCGGUGCACAUGAGCAGUCCACACCCCUACCAUCCCGAUUACUCCCAGCAGGUACCUUUGCACUGUGGGAGCUCACAUUUGGGCCACAUCCCGAUGUCCCACCAGGGAAGUGGGGUGACCCUUAUCACAGCUCCUCCGUUGUCCUAUUACAGCCCUUCGUUCCCGCAGGUUCAGAUCCAUCAUGGGCACCAGGGGCACCUGGGCCAGCUUUCGCCUCCUCCAGAGCAGGGGCACCUGGAGGGUCUGGACCAGCUGAGCCAGGCUGAAUUGCUGAGUGAGGUAGACCGAGAUGAGUUCGACCAGUACCUAAAUUCCACUAGUUAUCACCCCGAACAGGGCGGGAUGACAGUCACGGGACACAUCCAGGUAACGCCGGCUUCCGUUUGCUCCAGCAGCGCUACGGAAACCAGUCUCAUCUCUGUAUUGGCCGAUGCCACGGCAGCCUAUUACAACAACUACAGCAUUUCAUAAACACCAAAACAGAGACAACUGACACAGACAGAGACUGUGGGCUCGACAAUAUGACUGGCAGGUGAAAGGAAGGCCGUGGAGGGAGCGGAAAA